CGUGAGAGGUUUUGCGAGAAGUACCGGGACCUGUGCAACAACACAAACGAAGACGAGCUCCGCGGACGAGUGGAGGCCAUUCUCGAAAAGGGCGACAAGGUCGGGGAGCUGGCCAUGAGCUCUUCGGACAUACUGCAGGUCGUCAUGGACAACCCCGGCAUGUCCAUCUUCCCCAGCGGCUUCCCGGAAGAAAACAUAACCCAGUCUUUCUCGAGGCUGCCGCACUACAUGUGCUACACCUUUAACUGGAAGGGAAGCUCCAGCCUGGACGGAUUCAGCAAGGACCCGAUGCUGUACGAAUUCAACGUGAUCGUCCUCUGGUAUCCGGACCGCUCGCCAAGGCUAUCUGAGUACGCGUUAGACAUGGCAUUCCACCACAUCGACAGCUUGAGCGCAGCCACGAAGCACACCCUACUCCUGAAGCAUUCGGGAAGCUUCGAGUACAUUCUGCAACAGAAAAUGCUCCAGAGACUCGAGUUCCCGUUCGACACGAACUGCGUCGAUUACAGGAGAAUGGAGACGAUGACGCACUAUCCCUCCUUCUACACGCAGGAGAUCUGCUUCUCGGAGUGCGCACGCAACCUGACGAAGAAGCAUUGCGGCUGCACCCUGCGCGAUUACCCGUUCCGAAACUUCCUGAGCGAGCCAUGGUGCGACCGAGAAAAACUCGAGUGCGCGUCCAGACUUCUUCAGUCGUACGAGAAAGUCUGCUCCUCGCGGUGCAGAGUGCCUUGCAGUGAGACCACUUACGACGCAAGGCCGGUGAAGAGCGAAGUGACAGUGCCCGUCCUGGAGAACGGGGGAUAUUAUUCAACCUCCAUCAAGUUCAGCAUGUCUUCCAGGACAGUGGACGUGCUCUUGUAUAUCGAAAAACUCCAGAUAACGCAAAUCUUGGCGCUCCUGGGAGGCUACCUUGGCGUCUGGCUCGGCCUAUCCCUGCAGAGCCUGGCAUUCACCGUCAUCUCGACACUCCUGAGGAGGCUCCAGCGUCGGCAACGUUCCAAAUACCGGGCUGCAGAGGUGUCCACCCUGAUGCGCUGCCUGGGCCUCGUGGCCACCCUCAUCUGCCUUUCAUUCUGCGUGAUGAACUCGCUGGAGGACGUGAACCGCUACUGGAGCUUCCCCGCCGCAGUCGUCUACAGCGAGGACAGACGAGUGGAGUUUCCGGGCGUCACCAUCUGCAUCCCUCAGGGGUACAACCGGACCAAGCUGCUGACGGAGAAUGACCUCGACCCCAACGGGAUCGACGGGGAAAUCGGGAGUAAAGAGGAACUGCUGAAGCACCUGAUCAACUACUCCUUUUCCCCGGACAGCAUGAUCAUUGACUGCCAGAUGAGCACCACGUCCGAUGUCUGCCGAAGUUUCCCCUGCAGGAAGCUCUGGAGAGUGGGCUACACGUACGUGCUGCACACCAUCUGCUACGUCAUGGACCUACAGUCUCCUCUGCUUCGUGAAGGAAACCCCUACGGGAGCUGCGAAGAGUCCUGGAAGUACAAGCUGGAACUGCGGGGGCGGGUGGGGUUGGAGCCGCGACCCGACGCGACUGUGAUGGCCCUGAUCCAUGCGCCGGGCACCUUCUCGGGCGGGCUGACCAGGACGCUCAUGAUGGCGGGCCGCCACAGCUAUGUCCUCUACGCCUACCAGACGGACGUGUUUACGCUGCCACUGCCGUACGAAACAGCGUGUACGGACUACCAGGUGCACCGUAACCCGUGGGUGCAGGCACCCAGGACGCAGGAAGAGGUCAGAGCGAGAACCACAUCCUUGUUUUUGGAGGUCGUCGUUGUCCUGCUGGCCUUAGUUGCAAGUGUAUCCUCUCAGACUCGGGUACUCGUGGUGUCCACACUUGUACUGCCCACUUAA